AUGGAAGCCCUUCAGCGAGAAGUGGAGCAGCUCCAGAAGGAGAACAACCUGGAGAAGACCGUCGAAGAUGUUCAGAAGACCAUCGACCUGCUGCUUCAUGCACGCCAGGCCAUUGCGGCAGAUGCGAGUGCUGCUCCCGUUACGAUGGCAAAGCUCCAGAACUCAGUCCAGCAGUCCUUCGACAGGGUCAAUAGAGACCUGAAGCCUGUACACCAAGGGCUCAACAACUACCAAAAAGCCGUGACCAACAUGUUCAAAGACAAACCCCUUCCAACCGCCGAGAACGAUGCGCUGUCAUCGCAUCCGUCCCUAGUGAAUCGAGCAAUUGCCAUGCACCUGCUGCGUGAAGGCCAGUUCUCUGUUGCUGCAACCUUCAUCGAAGAGGCGAAUGCCCAUCCACCACAGCCUGAACCGACGCCAGGAACACCAAAUCCAUAUUUGCAGGAAGCCUGGGAAAAGGACCUUGCAAAUGGAACAUUUAAUUCGCAAAAGCUGCAGCAACAAUUCGCAGAGAUGUACCACAUACUACAUGAGCUCAAGCAACAGAAGAAUCUUGCUCCGGCAAUAGCGUGGGCGAAGGAGCGUAGCAUCGUGCUAGAAAACCGAGGCAGUAAUCUGGAAUUUGAGCUAUGCCGACUGCAGUUUGUGUGCUUGUUCAAGGGCGGCGAUAUACAAGGACCGCCAGCCGACCCCGUACUCGGUGUUCUCAGAGCGAUGCAGUAUGCAAGAAGCGACUUUGGACCUUUUCAGCAUCGAUACGGGAAAGAGGUAUCAGAGCUAGCAGCAGCAAUGCCCUUUGCCCAUAACAUGGCCGAGUCACCAUAUCGGCGGAUCUUCUACAAUGACUCUGCAUGGGAAGAGGUAGCAACUUCAUUCACACGGGAGUUUUGUUCACUGUUGGGGCUAUCGGCGGAUUCACCCCUGUAUAUUGCUGCAACCGCCGGGGCCAUCGCGCUGCCUACUCUUUUGAAACUGCAGAAGAUCAUGAAAGACAAGCGCACCGAGUGGACCACCCAGAACGAACUCCCAGUUGAAAUACCACUGCCACCAGCAUACCACUUCCAUUCAAUUUUCGUCUGCCCGGUAUCAAAAGAGCAAGCAACGGAUCAAAAUCCGCCCAUGAUGAUGCCGUGCGGUCAUGUGAUCGCGAAGGAGUCUUUGGACAAAAUAAGCAAAGGGGCGAGGUUCAAAUGCCCAUAUUGUCCUGCGGAAAGCCAUCCUCGGGAGGCGAAGAAGGUGUUUCUGUAA